AUGUCUGAUCCGGAGCCCUCUUCUGCACCAUGCUCCUCCUCGCCGCCCUCAACCCAGGCGUCUGACUCUACUGCUGCCCUCAAUUACGCCUUCCUAGUACACUCCCAAAAGACCUUAACUCAGAACCUUCCUCCACGCGUCGACAAUAAAUUGCUGGCACGGCAAAAGCGGCGUCGGACUAGCCCCGAAGACCACGCAAUCCUUGAAGCCGAGUAUCAACGGAACCCGAAGCCAGACAAAACGGCCCGAGCCAGUAUAGUCAGUCGCGUCUCGUUGGGCGAGAAGGAAGUGCAAAUCUGGUUCCAAAAUCGUCGUCAAAAUGAUCGCCGGAAAUCGAAACCAUUGCAACCUCAUGAGCUUCUCGCGCCUCGGUCGGACGUGUCCGACGCGUCAAAACGGGUAGCCGAUGACAACCUUCCGACGAAGCCAGGAUCUUCGAGCGGGACAGAGCAAUCAGAGGGCAACUGCCAGGACAGGAACGUUGCUACACAAUCACCCGACCAUGCGUCUUUUGAAUCGGACGUGGUGCAUGGAGACAAUAAUGAGCUGGAGCAGUCAGGGUUAAGCUCUCAAACCAGCCUGGCUACUGAAGCUGUGGAGGAUUCGCAGAGAGCUUCAGACGAGACGAUGCCGGAACAACAACCGCCCCCGGUGCACGAUGAAACUCAUCUCGAUGAUUCCAACCCAGCUUCUGUUAAGAGGAAACGAUCAUUUUCUGAGACCCGUGGCAAUCGGCCGUUUAUGCAGGGAACAUCAACACCUAUGAAGUCUCCUCCAUCCUUGCGGAUAUCGCUCUCGUUUGACGGAGAAGCUAUGGUACGCAAAGAAGACGAGCUCACGCCAUCUCCUCCGAAAGGACGAAAUGCCCUGCGGAUCGCCAUGUCCUCUGAUGGAAAAGCCGUGAUCCGUGCUGAUGGCGAGCCGUCUCCGUCAAAGAACCGCAUUUCUAUGUUCUCAGCGCGUAAGCCCAGGCUUGCAGGGCUUCGAAGGAGCAACAGUGCCGCGGCAUUUAGUACGCCACGUGGUGGUUCCAUGGAGACUGAAAAGUUGUUUGGAAGAUCAAGAGAUCCUCGCAACUGGGAAUCGUUCUUUGACACCGAUGCAAGAAGUGCACUUUCUACUCCGACCAGCUCCCAAAGCGCACCGAACGCUGGCUCUCCCGCUUUGUUCCGCGCACGUGGUCAGCGUUCACUAACGAGGAGCAUGUCGGCAAGGCAUAGCAAUGCCUUCAAUUCUUCGGAAUAUCUUAAUACCCCUGUUCCUAAGCCGACUGGCGACAAAAGACGGAAGAUCUCCCGCACGGUCUCCUCAUUGGGCCGGCUGGAGACAGGCCGUGCGACCCUUGGUGAUAAACUGUCUAACUCGAAGACGAUAUCGACAAAAGACGAUGACCUGGAGUUACAGUGGGGUGACUCUGAUAAGGAGAACUGGAUACCAGGCACACGAGUCUCCCAUGUUCGCCGGCGGACCACUUCGCAUCAUCACUCGCGGCGUUCAAUACUUAGAGAGGCCAACAGCAGGGAUGCCAAAGCCAACAGGGAUCUGGCAUCAGGCGGAAGAUACUCACGGGUGUCCCACCCGCACCAACGAGUGAGCGGGGUAAUCGACAAGGAUGUGCCUGAGAUGGACGCCGAGGUGUCGGCUUUCAUGAAUGGCGGGGGAGGUGCAAGUCAGGAAGAAGACCUUGACUGCAUUCAAGGCUUGUUGUCUCUGAGCCAAGGGGCAUGGAGAUGA